UUCGUAUUUAUUGCUACAAAAGUUAUUGUUGGUACGCAUAAGUAAGGCGAGUCAAGCACCGAGGCCUCCGGUGCUGUGCACCUGGGCCAGUACCAAAGAAGCCAUCGCGUGCGCAGAGAUUCCGCGCCACGUGGCAAAAUGUGGUUGCGUCAUUACAGAUGAAGGGCAAUCCAUCUAUCCCGAGUUGUGUGGUUCACUCACUGUAACCACAUUUGACAAACACAGAUAUUAAUUGAAUUUGAGGCCUAAACUGACGCUACCUAACGCACUACAAACUUCUAUUCCACCCGCGCCUGCGCCAUUGCAGAGACUUUUGAUCAAAUAAAAGAUGGCGGCCACCAUCUUUGCCUGCACCACAACUUCAUCAAUCGCACGCGCCGCCGUCCUAGGGAAGGAGUCCGCCGUGCGCCCCUUAUCCAUUCUUGGGUUGCCAUUGAUGUCGAAGAAAGUUGGAAGAGUGAGGUGCUCCACGGUGGGAAAGCCAGAAGAAGGUGAGUCAAAAGUUCUUGGGAUGGGAGCUUCACUUGCAGUGGCUGCUUGUGCUGCAGCCGUGUCAAGCCCGGCCGCGAUGGCUCUGGUGGAUGAGAGAAUGAGCACAGAAGGAACAGGGCUGCCGUUUGGGCUAAGCAACAACCUAUUGGGGUGGAUCCUUUUGGGUGUUUUUGCUUUGAUUUGGUCUCUCUACUUUAUCUACACCUCUAGUCUUGAAGAGGAUGAGGAGUCAGGGAUGUCCCUUUGAAGCACGAGAUUGCUAUUAUUCAUCUUAUUGUGUAGAACUAUAUCAGAGGUGCCUGUAAACCGCUGCUCUUUCAUGUAAAUUUGUGGCUCCUCAACUCGGUUGUCCUUUCUAAAUUUUGCCCAAUAACCAGGCAUAAGUUUACCAUAAAAGUAAGCGUUAGAUUGAUAUAAGUGAAUACAAUCCCUUUGUGUAUAAA